AUGUUUCGCCUCACAGUGGUCAGUACUGUGGCUCUUCAGACUCUUGGGCACAUAGAGUCAGAGUCAGACUGCUUCGAGUCUCAGCAAACGACGUUACUACAGCAUGGGUUUCACGUCGCAGCAUCUGAACAGCAGGUCGCAGCCACUGACGCAGCUGCACUGUCCAGCUUCAUGAUGCAUCACUCACCAGUGAUCCCAUCGCUGGAUGGAAACGGUCGGGUUUGCAUGCUCUGCAGCCUUCCACCAGCAGAACGUGCGCCCAACCAGUCCUAUGUACAACGCAGCGACUGUGGAAACCACAGCCUGUUCGAGAACCCUGCAAUGUUGCAAGUGCCUCUAAGUUCUUUACGGCGACAGGCUACUAAAGGUCAAAACGAAACGUUUGGCUGGUGCGAGCUGAACGUGGAAAAAGGAUGCGCAGAUGCCAUUUACAACGAGGACUACAUGAUGUUUGCCAAGAGCGUAGUCAUCCCUGAUGUACCUGGUCUCCACUACAAAGUUGCGUCGUGGGACCAGUACCACUGCUUUUACAAUGGGUGGUUGUCUCCUGAGAUCAAGGCGAUGCAGCACGAUUUCCAGGGAAUGACAGCGAAAGCUCAGGAGCUCUGCGAGUCGGAUGCCCUUGUCAAAAGAGGCUCCCAAGGCAACAUUACUAUGAGCGACAUGCUGCAACGUUGGUUACAUGCGCUACCUGGCUUGCCGGGUAGCCGCCCGAGCUACGAGGAUUCGUUGUUCCUCGCUGCCUGGGCAUGUGCUAUGGGCAGUGCUGCUUGUGACAUGGCAUACUGCGCCUACACUUACUGCAAGACAGAUGAUGGUUUUGGCACCUAUGAGGAGUGCCAUGGUUGGGACCCGGUCAAGGGAAUGCCGGUAGAUUCAUAG